AUGUUUUGUGUGUGUGCUGCAGACUCUGGCGUUUCAGAGAGUUUGCUGUUGACCAGUGACUCGGAAAGCGAAAUAUUCUGUGACUCUGUGGACUCAGUGGAGCAGCUUCACAGCAUUAAGGUGAGAUGCACAGCCUUUGUGCAGCUAACGCCACAGUGUGGUCGGCUAUUCCAGUCAUCAAGUCCAACGGCUUUCACAACGGCCACCUGUCAGCAGAGCCCCCCCUGGGCCAGAGCUGUGAGCGGCACGGGCGGCUGGAGGGCCGGCAGGCGGGAGCGGGGCAGGGGGGGGGAGGGAGCGGAGGACGGCAAAGGUCACGGCCCCGGCAGGAGGAGGCCCGACACAGACAGAGGAGGCUCCCAGCACAACUGGAGAGAACGUGGCGUUCCCCAAGGAAACCCCAGAGGGGGGGCUGCUGGCAGCGGUGGGGGGGCGCGACGCGGCGGCGGGGACGGCUCUGAGGGCGGCGCCGACAGGCUGCACGACGGCCACCUGCAGCAGCAGAUCGUGCUGGCCCUGCAGAGGCUGCGGCAGGACAUGAGGAGCGUGAUGGACAGGCUGGAGGUGGUGGAGCGGCUGGCGGCCACACAUGCCCACGGCUCGGAGUGGAGACCAUGCCCGCAGUGUUCGGCCGCAGCUUCACAGAAGGAGGAAACGUGGUGGCCGUUUGACGUGUCGGGCCAGACGGUGCUUCUCUUCCUGCUGUGGCCGUUCGUCACCCAUGGGCUGGUCUACCUGCUGAGGAAAGCCCACCAGAGAAGCCGCAUGUCCUCAUGAAGCAGGCUCUCCGUCUGUGAGACGCAGCCCGGAAAUCAUGAAGACUUCAUUCCUGACACUUUGCUCAGUAGAGGGAGGGACUGAUGAGAAUCUCCCCUCAGCUUCCAGUGAUCCUCUGGCUUACUACAGAAACCUCUUUAACUAAUCAAAUCCCACUGCUUCUUGUGUGGGGUCACAGGAAUCUGAUUACGUCAUCACUCAUGUAUCCGGAUACAUGAUUCAUCUGAUUAUGAUGCAUUGUCCACAUUAGUGGGAUUAAAAAACACAUUCACAUUCUGUGUUUGUUUGAUGCUUUUGUAGUUUUGCAGUUUUCUGAGCAGCAAGCCAUCGAAUGAAGGUUCAGACAUUUCCUGCCAAAAGCCCAGAGCUCAGUGGCACCAGUAUCCCCGAGUCCAGCACCUGUGAGUAAGCUGCAUGUAAACAGACCCGGGAACUGGAUCCACAGGUUUCCCUUCAGCUCUCGCACAUCGGUAGAAGAAUUUUAUUUAAAAAACCUUUUCUCUCAGCUUUGAGAUGAUCCUCAUCUCAAAUGGUGAGCUAGCUCUGACCUUUCUUCUGUGUAUGUCCCAGUGUCCAGUUUAGUUAUUCCUGGGGCUCUGAGUGGUUGGAACACCAACUGGGACCAGUUGAACUGUAUUUUAACCACAGAAGGGAGAUCUGCUCCCUUGGUGUCCCCAUAACUAAAUGCUGAAUAAAGGAUUUUGUUGUUGAGUUUGAAUGGUAUUUAAUUAGGCUUUUCCACCCCUGAGCCUUUAAAAUUGUAGCUUGACUUCACUUUCUGCUACAAAAUUUAAAGCAAAAUUCAAAUCGAUAAUACUUAAUUGACGUCUGCAUGGAAGAUAUAUUGUUGCAGUGUAAAGUAUUCUUAAAGAUUUGCAGAAAAGUGACACAUUUGGGAAGUUGAAAUGUAUCGGGGAGCUUUGCUGGAACUCUUAAGAGCCUCUAACAGACUGAGGUGUUUUCGUGGCUGAUGAGCAGUGAUGUGACCCACCCCACUGGGGGCCGGAGCCUGUGGCAGUAGAUCUGGGAAAUGAACUGUGAUGUGUGAGGAGGCCUGCAGAUUGUGUGGCAGGGGGUCCCACAUUACAGCUGCAAGCAGCAGCAACUGACUGGAAACCUAUUGUAGAUAAAUGGUCGUGUUAAUGUAAAGUGUCUCCCCAAGUAAGACGAGCUCAGAGCGUGAAUGAUGUCUUCUUCAUAGGGAACCAAUUAGAUAAAGAGCUUCAUCUCACCAUGACGACUGAUGAGUAAACACAUUAGCUCCUAAGGCAGCAGAACUGUGUGAGUGGUCAGCAACAUUUGGGGUUGUUUUUUCUCCUCAGUGCCUGUUUCGACAGAGAGCUGUGGGAGAAGUUGCACCUAGUCUGCAGAUGUUUGGGAGCACUCAUUGUUGCCAGUUAUCCUCAGCCUCAUCCCAGCUCAAUGCCAGGCCCUAAAAUCAGUUCAGAAAAAGG